AUGGAGGAGGAAUAUCAGAGGCAAACACGACUGUGCACGCAGAUCGAGCAGCUGGAACAGGAGAACCAGGGCCUGAAGGAUGGAGGAACCGCCGCUGCAACCAGCCCCCCAACCAACCCCGCCUCCAGCCCUGUGGACGGAGAGCUGCUCCGCCUGCAGGCUGAAAACUCCACCCUGCAGAAGCAAAUGAAAGCCCUCCAGGAUCGCUACGACAGAGAGCUCCAGAGACAGGUGGUCGCCCAGGGCAACCAGAGCGCUACCACGGAGACCGACGGCGGGUCAGCCGGCGCCAACGGAGUCUCUGAUGUCACGGGAAGAGGGGAGGAGCCAGCAGCAGAAGGAGCCAAUGACAGACCGGAGCAGACGGAGGCUCAGCAGGAACACACAGGGAAACAGCUACAUGGCCUGUCAGAGAAGAGCGUAGAGAAGAUUGUAGCUAAGCAGUCAGCGAUAGGCUGGUCGGCUGCUCUCUGUCCAAUAACUCACUGCUUUGGACCAGAGCUGGAGAUGGCACUGAACACCGAGCAGGAGGAGAAGAGGCUGCUGAGGGAGCAGAUCCACAACCUGGAGGCGUCCAAACAGACUGAAAUCACCAAACUGCAGGAAGACAUCACCAAGCUGUCUGACAAGCUAAAGAAGAAACAGGAGAGUUUUCAGCGUCUGCAGGGAGAGAAAGAGGCUCUGUACAACGACAGCAGGACAAAGAUCGAUGAGAUCAACCAAAGGAAAGAGGAGGAGCUGAAGGCUUUGAACACCCGCAUCCAGAAACUGCAGUCAGACGUCACGACAGCCAAUCAGGUGACGGCGGAGCUGAGAGAGCAGCUGCAGAGCAGAGAGAAGGAACACGAGCUGGCUGUGCACACUCUGAAGAACCAGGUAGCCAGUCAGAGUGCAGUCAGUCAGGAGCAGGUGGACAACAUCCUGCAGGAGAACGAUGCUCUGAGGACUAACCUAGCUGCUCUAGAACAGAUCCAGACGGUGAAGACGCAGGAGAUGAAUCUGUUGCGCGAGCAGCAGGAGGCGCUGACGGCCGAGCUGCAGCAGAGACGAGUUGAACAGGAGAGUCUGCUGGCUCAGAGAGACGACCUCGACUCCCAGCUGCAGGUACUAAUACUGUAA